CCGGGCCCCCUCCCCGCAGGCUUCGGGAGGCGGGGACGCGGCGUCGGCGGCUUCUCCAGUCGCGUCUUUCUCCCUCACUGGGGAAACCGGCGGUGGCGGCACCUUCGGAGGCUGAGCAGCUGAGCCGCGAGCCCGCCAGUGGGAGGUCGGACAGACUGACUGCAGAGCCGACAGACGGACGGACAGCGGGGCAGCCAGACGGCUCGAGUCGCCUCGAGUUCCGCCAUGAGCUGGGGCACGGAGCUUUGGGAUCAGUUCGACAGCUUAGACAAGCAUACACAAUGGGGAAUUGACUUCUUGGAAAGAUACGCCAAAUUUGUUAAAGAGAGGAUAGAAAUUGAACAGAACUAUGCAAAACAAUUGAGAAAUCUGGUUAAGAAGUACUGUCCCAAGCGUUCCACCAAAGAUGAAGAGCCAAGGUUUACUUCGUGUAUAGCCUUUUUUAACAUCCUUAACGAGUUAAAUGACUAUGCAGGACAGCGAGAAGUAGUAGCAGAAGAAAUGGCGCACAGAGUUUAUGGUGAAUUAAUGAGAUAUGCUCAUGACCUGAAAACUGAAAGAAAAAUGCAUCUUCAAGAGGGACGAAAAGCUCAGCAAUACCUUGACAUGUGCUGGAAACAGAUGGAUAAUAGUAAAAAGAAAUUUGAAAGAGAAUGUAGAGAGGCAGAGAAGGCACAACAGAGUUAUGAAAGAUUGGAUAAUGAUACUAAUGCAACCAAGGCAGAUGUUGAAAAGGCUAAACAGCAGUUGAAUCUACGUACACAUAUGGCUGAUGAAAAUAAGAAUGAAUAUGCUGCACAAUUACAAAACUUCAAUGGAGAACAGCACAAACAUUUCUAUGUAGUGAUUCCUCAGAUUUACAAGCAACUACAAGAAAUGGAUGAAAGAAGGACUAUUAAACUCAGUGAGUGUUACAGAGGAUUUGCAGACUCAGAACGCAAAGUUAUUCCUAUCAUUUCAAAGUGUUUGGAAGGAAUGAUUCUUGCAGCAAAAUCAGUUGACGAAAGAAGAGACUCUCAGAUGGUAGUAGACUCCUUUAAGUCCGGAUUUGAACCUCCAGGAGACUUUCCAUUUGAAGAUUACAGUCAGCAUAUUUAUAGAACCAUUUCUGAUGGGACUAUCAGUGCAUCCAAACAGGAAAGUGGGAAGGUGGAUGCCAAAACCACAGUAGGAAAGGCCAAGGGCAAGUUGUGGCUCUUUGGAAAGAAGCCAAAGCCACAGUCCCCACCCUUAACCCCUACUAGUUUAUUCACAUCCAGUACUCCUAAUGGGUCCCAGUUUCUCACAUUCUCCAUUGAGCCCGUGCAUUAUUGUAUGAAUGAAAUAAAAACAGGGAAGCCCAGAAUUCCUUCUUUCAGAAGUCUCAAAAGAGGGUGGUCGGUGAAGAUGGGCCCAGCACUAGAAGAUUUCAGUCAUCUGCCACCAGAACAGAGACGUAAAAAACUACAGCAGCGCAUCGAUGAACUUAACAGAGAACUACAAAAAGAAUCAGACCAAAAAGAAGCACUCAACAAGAUGAAAGAUGUAUAUGAGAAAAAUCCACAAAUGGGGGACCCAGGGAGUUUGCAGCCUAAAUUAGCAGAGACCAUGAAUAACAUUGACCGCCUGCGAAUGGAAAUCCACAAGAAUGAGGCUUGGCUGUCUGAAGUUGAAGGCAAAACAGGUGGAAGAGGAGACAGAAGACAUAGCAGUGACAUAAAUCACCUUGUAACACAGGGACGAGAAAGCCCUGAGGGAAGCUAUACUGAUGAUGCAAACCAAGAAGUCCGUGGGCCACCCCAACAGCAUGGUCACCACAGUGAGUUUGAUGAUGAGUUUGAAGAUGACGAUCCCUUGCCUGCUAUUGGACACUGCAAAGCUAUCUACCCUUUCGAUGGACAUAAUGAAGGUACUCUGGCAAUGAAAGAAGGUGAAGUUCUAUACAUUAUUGAGGAGGACAAGGGUGAUGGAUGGACAAGAGCUCGGAGACAGAAUGGUGAAGAAGGCUACGUUCCCACAUCAUACAUAGAUGUAACUCUAGAGAAAAACAGUAAAGGUGCAGUAACUUACAUCUAAACUAACCCGGCAGCUUUGUAACAUGUGUGACAUAGGAAUGAUAACAAAAUGAAAACACAGUCAAUGGGUGGGAAAACAUAAGAAAGCUGAAAGGGCAUCCAAGAUUUAUUGUUCACUGUGUGAGCUGAGUGUAGGCUCGAUCUUAGAGAUGUGACUAUUACAAGAAACUGUUCUCAUGACGCUUUACCAUUUGAGUGAUGUUGGUGUGAAGCUUAAUUGAUGCCUUUUGCUUUAUGUCCUGCUUAAGUCUGUGUGAAGGAUUUGUGUUUUUCUGCCUUAUAAAUCAUAAAAUUUAAUCUACUGGGCAGGAAUCCAUCCUGUAGAGGGGUAGGGAUAGAAAGCUCCCUACCCCUCUACACUUUGCUUCAGGAAACACAGUGAUUGUAGUGAACUCAAGUAAAACUGCUCUGAAAUGCUUGCUAUAAAAAGCUGAUGCCCAAAAGAGUGGUUUGGUCUAGGGGUUUGAAAUUGUAGCUACAGUUUCUAGGAAAAAUGUAAUAAUAGUUGGCUAAUUGGAUAAAAUACAAAUGUAAUCAUUUUCAUUUUUGUCCUUAUUCUCAACUUCAGUUUCCUAAAGGAAGAAAACAGGCACCUAUCACAUAAUCUGUUUUAGUACUAGGCUAAUCAAGAGACGUGCAAAAUAAACAGGCCUGGUCUUGCUCUUUAAGUGAAUAAAAUGGCUUUCUUUUGAGACCCAAGGAUAUUUUCAGGUUUUCUAGUAAUUUUCAAUAAUGUACAAGCUUUCUUCUAAAUUAAUGCUUGUAUUUUUCAUCUUUAAAUGUCUUUUGAGAAAUACCACUUUAGUGAUACUAGCAUUUAGCAAUUAUACAUAGGAAAGUGGAUUCUAAAUAAACUAAGAGGAAAUCUUGCAUGGAGGAGAAGUACUGGCAAAUUUUGCUUGAAAGAAAAAAUGACUUUUUUCACUAACUGGGUUGGAGGAAUAUAUCUCUGCCAUCACUGAGGGCAUUUCCUCAUUUUAGCUGAAUCGUCAAUUAUUAGGAGUUUUUUUUCCAAUUUUAAUAAGCAUUUGUUGGAAACACUGUAUAAUCAAGACAUUGAUAGCAGUGCUAGUUGUGUAGGGGAGUAAAGUGAGGAAGCAAUUAAGAGACUGGUCCUUAAUUUUGCUCAUGUUCCAACAUGUUUUGGUGUUUUUAAUAGCUGACUAUAGCUGACUAUAAAAUGAUUUUAGAGACAUUUGGGAUGGACACUUUAAACUGAACACUCCUUUUGGUCUUACCAAAGGUCUUCAGUAAUUGUUCUUUUCUUUUUCCUCCUGGACUGCAGGUUCCUGAAGAGGGUUUCUGAGGAAAUGGGCAAGAUGUUGAAGGAGGUUACAUGCAGCUGCUUUUGGGGGGAGGGUAUUAGAGUUGUCAGGCUCAGAGAGAGUGAGAGAAGCAAGUUGCAUGAGUGCAUGCAGACAUGAUUAUUUUUUUACUAACUUCAUUAGCAUUUCCGUACAUUGUUUAAAAAAAUCAUUGUAAUACCAACCCUUAAACUUGUCAAUUACAGUUAUUCACAUAAAGGAAAAAAGCCAACAAUGGCUAACCUUUUUUUUUUCCAUUUAUUUUACUGAUAUCCAAAUCGGAAAGAAUGCAGAGCUGUCCUUAAGUUUGUCAUAUCUGACUGUCCCAACAGGACUGUCCAUUGCAGCUCUUUUAAUUGGCUUUUAGACCCAUUGUCUGUUAGAAUCCUUGCCAUUUUUGACUGUCCCAACAGGACUGUCCAUCGCAGCUCUGUUUAAUUGGCUUUUAGACCCAUUGUCUGUUAGAAUCCUUGCCAUUUGUCAGUGUCUGCCUGCGUCACCUCUGUGCUUGCUUAACAUCCUGUUGCAUGUCUAGAGUGAUCGGGUUUAGAUUUUUCAGGCAUGUCUUUAUAAUCCCUUGUUCUUGUCAAAACCUUUGUUUUGUUUUACAUUUGUAGUGCAAAUCACUUUGUCAAACAUCUCCAGCACUAAUGUGCCCAUCCUAGUAUUUGUGUACGCUGCUAUAACUUCCCCACUGCAAAACAUUCCAGUUUUGGCAUUAUGAAGAAGCAGUUUGUGAACCUGAAGUAUUUAUGAUCAGAAGAAAAAACAUCUCUGCUCUAGCCUACAGCCCAGCUGAAAGAACUCUUUGAAACAUGAUACAUCUUCAGCACCUCAGUCUGGGAAGAAUCUAUAGUCAGCACUGAAAUCCUGGCAUAAUAAACACAGAAGAUACUCACCACCUCAAGACAAAGGACUGUUGUCAGAAGUCAGCUGCUUCCAUUCAAACGCUGCCUUAAACUAGAGUGCCUAAAUCUGCUGAUUGCCAACACUACCACUACAGUAUCCCACAAAGGGCUUUAUGUGUCAGCUCAGUGCGACCUCCAUUGACUCGGCAGUGCUGCUAUAGCUGCCGAUACAACCUCGGUAGGUGGCUUUUAGAGCUCUACCAUGUUUGUUGGUGCAUCUUCAAAUUUACGCAUCAAACUAAAGACAUGUCUGAGUCCAUUUUACUUAGUGUUUUUAUGAGAAGUUUUAUGGACCUCCCUCCCAUUGUCUUUCAAUUUGGGGUUACUGUUUUCUCACUUAAUUAUUACAAUGAUAGUCUGUUUCCAAGUGAUGAUUUUAUUUGAACCACAUACAAUUUAGUGAAACUUUGUAAUGAUCUAUGUGCACUUUUCCUUGUAAAAUGGGAGUUUCUGUAUGUUUAUACUUGUAAAUAUAAUUGUCAUCAGUGCCCCUAUGCUCAUGUUGCUCAUGUUGUCCUCCCUCGCAUUUGUGAUUCUGUUAAUGACUUGUAUCUUAACUAAUUUCUUAGUGGCAUUUAAUGGGGAGGUGGGUGGGGGUGGGGGGAUAUUUGUAACAUGGAAGCUUCAUUAAUUUGGUUCUUUACUGUUUUGAAGGAAGAAAGAACGUGAAAUGGUCUGUGUAUUGUUGGAUUUCAAGCGAUAUUUUAGAAACUGUGUGACUGCUUUAAUAAUUUUUCCCAGUGUUAUUUGAAUCGUACUACCAGUUAUACUAAAGCUGAAUGACAAUUGUGUGAAAGUCGAUGCCUUCGUAAGAUCAAGUACUCCCAUUACACAGCUGACAUGAUAGUGUAUUACCUUUAAGGCUAGUAAACUAUGAAGUUUUAGAUUUAAAUCUCGUUACAGGGUUAUUUAUAUAAAGUGACAUUAUUCAGUACUGACAGACUACAUAAAGUAGUUUUCAGAUCCAGUGCUAUUUUUAUUUUAAAGGUUAGCAAUGAAGAGGAAACCUGAGCUGGCUGUGUUUGUCUUCUGUACAAAGCCUGAGGUGCUUGUGCUUUUUGGCAACAGCCACAGAGGGCAAAGUUUAAGGCUUUCUUGUGAGGACUAACUGUUCUUUUCAAGCUACUGUUUGUUUUUCUUAAAGCAGGAUUUGCUUCCGUAGGAGGCAAGUUCCCUCACGUGGAAUAGUGCAACCUGUGUAUGGGUUAUUACAAUAGGAAAGACAUUUGUACUUGCACAGUUUAAAUCAUUCUUAAAUUUGAAUAUGUGAAUUGUCCAAAAGAAGUCUUUAAUUUUUUCAGUAAUUUUUACUCUUUUUGUGCACAUGUUGAUUUCUUAAUGUAAAUGCUUUGUUUAAGAUAGUGUUCUCUGUUGAGAAUAUUUUCAUGGAAUAAAGUAAUCUUUUCAUGGUCA